AAUUUCUAUUUAAAACGAAAUAUUUAUAAUAGAUUGGCUACUUUAACAAAGAUUUGCGCUUUACUGAAAUUUAUUUAGACUCUGAGCUGUGUGACAACUCUAAAGGUGCAACGAUUUUAACGAUUCCCUUUCUUUUAGAUCGCAGAGUGGUGUAUCUGCUCAGAUUUACGUAGCAAUCUACGAUUUAUUUGUUAUCUAGUAAGACAAAUUUUUAUUAAUUAAUGCUAAUAAACAUUAAUUUGAUUGGAGUUUACAGUAUUAGAAAACGAGCAAUUUAUGUCUUGGCAAUAUCUUCUUAUGACAAUAAAACUGCUGUACAGUUAAAUUCGCAGCGCUAGAAGUUACCCUUUUAUCAUAUAAGAUAUUCACACUAGAGGGGGCCACGGAGCUACACCAGUUCAGAACAUACUAUCCAUAUUCGCAAAGGAUUCGAAAAGGGAUAUCAAUUGAAAGAAAAUAAUACUGAUGCACCAUGGCUGAUUCAUCUUAUGAGAAAGGACUUACAGAACUUUCAAAAAUGAAGGUUGCAGAUCUGAAAAUUGAGUUAAAACAAAGAGGACUACCUACUACUGGCAAUAAAAAUGAAUUGGUUGAAAGACUUCAAUUAGCAAUUCAUGGUGAUUCUGCACUAUCUUUAGAUGAGACUACAGAGGAAAUUUUAGAUGAAGAUGCAGUUCUUGGCGAUGAAGAAAUAGAAGAGCUAUCAAAUAAACCUGACUCACAAGAAGGUAAUGAAAAAAGAAAAUUGUCUACUGAAAGUAAUGUAAGUGCUAAAAAGAUAGUUCUAAAUCGAAAACCAGUAAUUGAAGAAAUUAAGAAUGAACAAACAGAAAAGAUUGAAAUUGAUACAAAAACUAUUGAGACUGCACCACCAGAAAAAAAGAUAAUUAAAUUAUCAGAGCUUGGUAUCAAAGAGAGAUUAGAAAUGAGAGCUAAGAAAUUUGGAUUACCAUUAUCAGAAGCUGCUAAGAAAGAAGCUAGAUCUGCAAGAUUCAGUAUUAAUAAUCAGAAUAAUAAGUCAGCUGCAUCUGUAAAAACACCUGUGCAUACAACUUACGAAGUUCUAAAGAAGCGAGCAGAAAGGUUUGGUACGUCUGUUUCUAGUUUAAUGGAAAAGGCUGAAUUAGAAGCCAGAAUAGAGAAAAGAAAAGUCAGAUUUGGCGAAGUGAAACCUACAAAUAAGAAAGUAUUUUAUAAUAAAGUUAAAAUUGUUAAAUGAUAUUCAGUGUUAUAUACCAAAUAGCAAUUUAGAUUGCAAAUUUUACAUUAAGUUUUCUUACUUCUAAUAAGACUAUUGUAUACAAAAUAAAAACUCAUUGUAUUUGUUAUAAAAUGCAUGACAAAAAGAUU